AGAAAACACAGAAAGAAAGAAGGACGAGGAAAAAUGACACCAUUUUGUUGCUCACAAACAUUCACUCCCUCACCUUCACCAACCUCCAUAGCCAAAUUCAUCUCGGACCAACCCCACCUCUCAAUGCUAGAAAAGCGAUGCGCCACCAUGUCAGACCUCCGAAAGAUCCACGCCCAUCUCAUCAAAACCGGCCUAAUCAGUCACACCAUUGCCUCUAGCCGUCUUCUCGCCUUCUGUGCCUCCCCAGCCGGGAACAUCAACUACGCUCUCAUGGUUUUCUCUCAAAUCCAAAACCCAAAUCUCUUCAUUUGGAACACCAUCAUUAGAGGCUUCUCUCGAAGCUCGACCCCUCAAACUGCCAUUUUUCUCUUCAUUGACAUGUUGGUUGGUUCACCACUUGAGCCUCAAAGAUUGACUUACCCUUCUGUUUUUAAGGCUUAUGCUCAACUUGGGUUGGCCUGUUUUGGAGCUCAGCUUCAUGGGAGGGUUAUAAAGUUGGGACUUGAUUGUGAUCGCUUUGUGAGAAAUACCAUUAUACAUAUGUAUAUAAAUUGCGGGUUUUUGAGUGAAGCACGCCAACUGUUUGAUGAAAGUUCUGAAUUGGAUUUGGUCGCGUGGAAUUCGAUGAUAAUGGGGCUUUCGAAAUGUGGUGAAGUUGGUGAGUCUAGGAGGUUGUUUGAUAGGAUGCCAUUGAGGAAUUCUGUUUCUUGGAAUUCUAUGAUUAGUGGGUAUGUUAGGAAUGGUAAGUGUGUGGAGGCGUUGGAGCUUUUCGGAAAAAUGCAAGGGGAGGGGAUCAAGGCUAGCGAAUUUACGAUGGUAAGCUUGUUGAACGCUUCAGGGCGGUUAGGAGCGAUUCGGCAAGGAGAGUGGAUUCAUGAGUACAUAACAAAAAAUGGUAUUGAAUUGAAUGUCAUAGUUGUUACAGCAAUUAUAGAUAUGUACUGCAAAUGUGGAAGUGUUAAUAAAGCUCUUAGUGUGUUCAAGACAGCUCCGAAAUUGGGGCUUUCUUGUUGGAACUCCAUGGUCAUGGGUCUGGCAAUGAACGGUUGUGAGGAAGAAGCACUUGAACUGUUCUCAAGACUCGAGUCCUCGAUUGAUCUUCGACCGGAUGGUGUCAGUUUUCUUGCUGUCCUCACGGCUUGUAAUCAUUCUGGCAUGGUAGAUAAAGCCAGAGACUAUUUCUCUUUAAUGAGAGGGAAAUAUAACAUUGAACCGUCAACAAGGCACUAUAGUUGCAUGGUGGAUGUUUUAGGGAAAGCUGGACAUCUUGAAGAAGCAGAAAAACUAAUUUUGAGUAUGCCAAUAAAUCCGGAUGCCAUUAUUUGGGGAUCACUGCUCUCAGCUUGUAGGAAGCAUGGAAACAUUGAGAUGGCUCAACGUGCAUUGGAACGUGUAAUUGAAUUGGACCCAAGUGAGAGCAGUGCUUACGUGCUUAUGUCAAAUGUUUACGGGAGCUCCAGUCACUACGAUGAAGCUGUUAAGCAAAGAAUCAACAUGAAAGAGAAGAGGAUAGAAAAGGAACCAGGAUGUAGUCUUAUUGAAGUAGAUGGAGAAGUUCAUGAGUUUGUAGCUUUUGGAAGGACACAUCCUAGGGCCAAAGAGAUAUACUCACUAUUGAGUGAGUAAAAAAUACAAUUCCGAGAGACAAACGAGCCUGGUUGUGACAAACAGAAAUGAGCCUUAUUGGGAAAAAUACUCUUUCCGUAGUGUUGUAGAGAACCUGCUAGAUGUCUCAAAGAGACCUAUGGUUGGCCAACUAUCCGUCUUUGAAGAGACCGGAGCCCGUAACCGUGUUGGGUAUCGUCUGUUUUAACCCCCUCUUUACUAAAACUUUGGUUUGGGGUUGGCCAAAACUUUGGCGUGAAUAUUUCUUAACAUAUAAAAUCAAAGUUUCACCUUCUGGGGUUCAUCAGUUCAUUAUUCAUGAAAAUACUUGGAUAUAGCUUGUUGGAGUAUUGAUUGCAGGAACUCAACUUAGAGACCCAGAACUACGUUUGGACAAGUCCGAGCAUGCAUAAAAAUCUCUCU